ACCAAAGUGACCCGCACUGAUGAUGAGUGUUUCAACCAUGGCGGCUGAGGCUGCAACGCGCUCAUUGAUGCCCCGUCUGGCUUGGACUGCAAGCAGCGUGCAGCCCUCAGCAGGAUUUGCAUUUGCUCAGCAUGCCACCACCCAGUGGAGCUCCCAGACCCCUCCGAAACGAACGACAGCGACAGCAGCUUUUGCGAGACACAACUGGGCAGAAAGACGAUUAGCACCUCGACCGUCCUCAACCAUCAGCCAUGCCGCCAAACGAGCCUUCUCUGCAACCCCUCCCCUCGCAAAAGACCACCACUUCGACACGCUCAAAUUCGUCCAACGCCUCCAACAAGAAGGCUUCACCGAAGAACAAGCCGUCGCCAUGAUGAAAGUCCUCGGCGACGUAAUCGAAGAAUCCAUCCAAAACCUCACCCGCACAAUGGUCCUCCGCGAAGACCAAGAAAAAGCCACCUACACGCAAAAAGUCGAUUUCGCCAAACUCCGCUCCGAACUCCUGAGCGCCGAUAGCACGGAAAGCAGUCUCACACGCGCCAGUCACGAACGUUUGUCGAACGAAGUCACGAAACUGAAUAAUCGCUUACGAGAUGAGAUUUCGCGCACGCAGGCGAGUGUGCGGUUGGAUUUGAAUUUGGAGAAGGGCAGGAUUCGCGAGGAGGCGAAUAGUCAGGAUUUGAAAAUUAAGGAGACGGAGACCAGGAUUGAGCAGGAGAGUGCGGCGCUUAGGGAGAGGUUGGAGGCGGUGAAGUUUAGUACUUUGCAGUGGUUGAUGGGGGUUUGUACCGGUACCGCGGCGAUUAUUCUGGGUGUUUGGAGGUUGUUGAUGUGA